AUGAAGGGUCUAUUCCUCCUCACUCUAUUCGCCCAAGUACUCGCGUUCUCAAACAUCAAAGUUAAAGUCGAAAUCACCACCCCAGCCAUGGACUGCCCGGUUGAGGUUGGCCACGUCAAGACCCAGGAUGGGAUUAGGCUCCAAUAUGCUCAGGCUGGUCCCAAGGGGGGCCAGAAUUUACUUUUUAUUCCGGGAUGGCGACAAUCAGCCGCUGAGUGGAAGAAGCAAGUCAAGUACUUCUCUGAGUCUGGUUACCGCGUGACUGCAUAUGAUAUGCGUGGUCAUGGAGAGUCAGAGAAGCCUGACUUUGGCUACCGAGUGACUCGCUUUGGUGCCGACCUUAACGACGUCUUGACUUCCCUUAACCUGUGGAACGUCAGUAUUGUGGCCCAUUCUAUGGGUUCCUCCGUUACGUGGGCCUUUUGGGAUCAAUUUCCUGCUGAGCGUAAACGGGUCGACCAUUUCGCCAUCGUUGAUCAGCCAUCAAUUCUCGUUCGUGAUCCCACAUGGACCAAGGAGCAGGCUGAAACUUGGUCUGCUGCGCUCUUUGCACCGGAGCAGGUCUACACCUUUUCUCACAACAUAUCACUCGAGACUCCUCCCUUCGUCAGGUCAAUGUUUUCUCCUGAGCUGUCGGAAGCCGAUUAUAAGUGGGUGCUUGCACAAAAUGAAAAAAUGAGUGAUAAGCAUGCUGCGACAUUGCUUAUCUCACAUGCCUUCCUUGACUGGCGUGAUGUUCUGCCACGCAUCAAUAUCCCGUCACUGGUCAUAUCUGGAGAUAUUAGUAUCGUUAAUGCUACGGGUAUCGCCUGGGCUGCAUCUCAGAUCCCAGGCGCAAAAAGCCGAACCUUUACAGCUGAGGAGAAGGGAAGCCACUUUAUGUUCUGGGAGAACCCUAAGCUAUUUAAUCAGGUUAUUGAAGACUUUAUCACUUCUUAG